AUGGAACAGGAAAAUGAGUCUCUCAAAACAAUUAUGCAAAUCCAAAAAAAUGAGUUCAAUCAAGCACUCAGUGAAAAAGAAGACAAGGAAAAUCAUCGCCCGUGGCAAAUUUUCAAGCCAAAACAGACCAUCAACUUGAAAGGCAAACAAGACAAAAGAAAACGUGAAAGGACAGACCAAAAUCCAAUUCAUAUAACAACCUCAAACCAAUAUGAAAGCCUUGAAAGCAAAGAAAUCCAGGAGAUCAUGACAAAAACUGAUAAGCCAACAAAUGUAGAAAACAAGGAUAAACCUAAAAAUACUACAGAGAAUUCCAAAUCGACGUAUAUCCACCGAAAAAGCAAGGGGAGUACAGUCGUAAUCGGCGAUUCUCUACUCAAAGGUCUUUGCCAGCAUUCAAUAUCAAAAGCAGUUAAGACUAAAACGACAGUUAAAUGUUUUCCAGGAGCGAAAGUCGAUGAUUUGAAUCACUAUUGUAUUCCAGUUUUGGCAACGAAGCCUAAACAUGCUGCUAUCACACACUGUGGAACAAACGAUCUUCGUACUAAAAACCCGCAAGAAAUAACAAGCAGAUGGGGGCUUCAUGUGAUUUUAUCGUGGAAAAAUGUCCUGAUAUUCAUAUCAUGGUAUCAUCGUUGA